UUUUUCAGUUUAAAGCGGCACAAAAUAACACGUACUGCUGACAAGUUCACACUAUUUUAACAUUUUGGUUAUCUAACGAAGAUAAUGGUCGACUAUGGCCUCAUAUCGCACACUUUUAGCGUUUUAAAACAGUCGUUUUUUUAGGACGGAGAGUGACGCAGGAUUUUCACGGGGCAGCCGCUGCGGAGCGUUAAGUUUUACACGGGCUGUGUUGACAUAAGCAGCCCUCAGAAGAAGACGGCGGCGGGGCAAAUCCGAGUCACAAGACUUCUUCAGGGAACUGGGCGACUACUUUCUCUCUUCACGGGAUUUGAAGAGAUGGAUAACUCCGGAUAUAGCACCGGGAGCUUUGACGGUCUUCAUCGCCCCAGUGAUGAUGAUGAUGACGAUCUGGUGGACAUUGCAGGAGCAACUCUGGACUUUUCCUCCACGGACGACGACCCCCCUCUCAGCUCAGGAUGUUAUGAGGAAUACAGCGCCAACAGCAGAGCAGCCGGUAUGAACGGAAACGGACCCAGCAAGCUUGUGGACCCACUGGAGGACCCAGUCCCCGGACUGGGCACCUAUGAAGACUUCAACACCAUCGACUGGGUCCGAGAGAAGAGCAAGGACCGUGACAGACACAGAGAGAUCACCAAUAAGAGCAGACAGUCGACUAUGGCUCUGCUGCACAGCGUCAGUGAUGCCUUCUCUGGAUGGCUUCUUAUGCUGCUGGUGGGACUCAUGUCAGGUGCUCUAGCCGGCGGCAUUGACAUCGCAGCCCACUGGCUGACAGACAUGAAGGACGGGAUUUGUGUCGUUGGCUUCUGGUUCAACCACGAGCACUGCUGCUGGACGUCCAACGAGACAACGUUUCAGGAGAGGGACCGGUGUCCACAGUGGAAGAGCUGGGGGGAGCUCAUAACGGGGACAUCAGAGGGUGCGUUUGCCUACAUUGUGAACUACCUGAUGUACAUCUUCUGGGCUUUACUCUUCUCUUUCCUGGCCGUCGCGCUGGUCAGAGCCUUUGCCCCGUACGCAUGUGGCUCAGGAAUACCAGAGAUUAAAACCAUCCUCAGUGGGUUCAUCAUCCGCGGCUACCUGGGGAAGUGGACCUUGAUCAUCAAGACCAUUACCCUGGUUUUAGCCGUCUCCUCUGGGCUCAGUUUAGGGAAGGAGGGCCCUCUGGUACACGUUGCCUGCUGCUGCGCUAAUAUAUUGUGUCAUCUGUUCACCAAGUACCGCAAGAAUGAGGCCAAGCGGCGAGAGGUGUUAUCUGCAGCAGCAGCAGUGGGCGUGUCUGUGGCCUUUGGUGCUCCCAUAGGAGGAGUCCUGUUCAGCCUGGAGGAGGUGAGUUAUUACUUCCCUCUGAAGACCCUGUGGCGGUCAUUCUUCGCUGCCUUGGUGGCGGCCUUCACUCUGCGCUCCAUCAACCCGUUUGGAAACAGCCGCCUGGUGCUGUUCUAUGUGGAGUUUCAUGCCCCGUGGCACCUGGUGGAGCUGGCCCCCUUCAUCCUGCUGGGAAUAUUCGGGGGCCUCUGGGGGGCGCUGUUCAUCAAGGCCAACAUUGCCUGGUGCAGGAGACGUAAAUCUACGCGUCUUGGUCACUACCCUGUCAUUGAGGUGCUGGUGGUUGCAGCUUUGACCGCUGUGGUUGCGUACCCAAACAGCUACACCAGGAUGAGCGGAGCCGAGCUCAUCUCUGAGCUGUUCAACGACUGUUCUCUGCUCGACUCCUCUCAGCUCUGCGGCUACAAACAGCCAGCGAACACAUCAGAAACAGGUGUAGGUAACAGCCUGGCUGACCGGCCGGCGGGAGAAGGCCUGUACACCGCUCUGUGGCAGCUGGCCCUGGCCUUAAUCUUCAAGAUGUUGAUCACUGUGAUUACCUUUGGCAUGAAGGUUCCCUCUGGUCUCUUCAUCCCCAGUAUGGCAGUCGGUGCCAUCGCUGGCAGACUGCUGGGUGUCGGCAUGGAGCAGCUGGCCUACUACAACCAUGACGAGUUAAUAUUUAAAGGGUGGUGCUCGCCGGGAGCAGACUGCAUCACUCCGGGGCUCUACGCUAUGGUUGGAGCAGCCGCAUGUUUAGGUGGAGUGACUCGUAUGACUGUGUCGCUGGUAGUCAUCAUGUUCGAGCUGACUGGCGGUCUGGAGUACAUCGUGCCCCUCAUGGCUGCAACCAUGACAAGCAAAUGGGUGGCAGAUGCAUUCGGAAGAGAGGGAAUCUACGAGGCUCACAUCAGGCUGAACGGAUACCCGUUCUUGGAGCCUAAAGAGGAGUUUGCUCACAGCAGCCUGGCCGUGGACGUGAUGAGGCCCAGGAGGUCGGACCCUGCUCUGGCUGUGCUCACACAGGAGGGCAUGACUGUAGGGGAGGUGGAGGCCUUGGUGGAAAGCACUCACUACAGUGGCUUCCCUGUGGUCGUGUCUCAGGAGUCCCAGAGGCUUGUGGGAUUUGUACUCAGAAGAGACCUGCUCAUAUCAAUAGACAACGCUCGGAAGCGCCAGGAGGGAGUCGUCAGUGCUUCCCAGGUGUUCUUUACGGACCAUGCUCCAGCUCAGGCUGCUGAUGCUCCGUCACCGCUCCGCCUCAGGGGCAUCAUGGACCUGAGCCCUUUCACGGUCACCGACCACACACCUAUGGACAUCACUGUGGAUAUAUUCAGGAAGCUGGGGCUACGCCAGUGUCUUGUUACACACAACGGGAGGCUGCUGGGAAUCAUCACUAAAAAAGACAUACUGAAACACAUGGCGCAGAUGGCCAACAGAGACCCUGACUCCAUCCUCUUCAACUGAACUCCUCUGUCCUUCCCCCUUCACCAUCCUUCCAUCUCUCCUCUGUGUACCAGGGGACAAGAAGACACCAGCUUGCGCACUCGAACUAAAUGCACCUUUACAUCUACCUAACUUUAAAAAGGCUGUUCAGAGAAAGCCGAGCAAGUCGAGCUCCAUUUGCACGGGCGACUAGAGAACAAUGAUUUUUUUGUUUGUUUGUUUGUAACAUGGGGGCGUUUUUGGCUUUCCGAAAGAGAGUUCACCACUGGAGAAAAAAAACAAAACAAUGACUCAUCCUUACUGACACUGCUGGCCCCAAUUUCAUGUUUGACACCAGAAGGAUGAGAAAUAAGUCAGUGGAAUAUUUCACAUCUGCUCCUUUUGGCUUUUUCCUUUCUCCUUUUCUUUCUCUCUUUUCAAAAAAAAACUCCAAAAGGAGUCAAAAAAUCCUCCUCCUCCAUUAGCCACCAUGCUUCUCAGCUGCACCUAAGAGAAAAAACAUUUAAAAGGAGGUGGGAACAAGAUAAUCUCUGUUACAGAUACUGACACGAAGAGAAAUAACAUCAGGAAAGACAAAGAGAGGUUUGGGGAGUUCCGUGCCUGCCCCCCGGCCGUCACAGCGAGCCCAGACAGGGCACUCUGAGCUGGGCUGAUGGAUGUUCGGUCACCUCCUCCUCUCCCCUCUUUCCCUCUGUAAGGUUUCCUGCAGCCCAAGGGAGAAGCAUACAGGAGUGUGAGAAGCGGAUCUAAUACACUUACACUCCAUAAAGACUCUUUAGAUUUGUAAUACGGCUCAAGCCUGGAAAUUAUGCAGUGUUGUUUUGCCGAUUGGCAACAUGAAUAGUUAUAUUCUCAUUUAAAAAAAAUAAAUAAAUAAAUAAAAAUCACACACAUGUAAUGAUAAUGCUGCAAAACCAUGUCAUGCCUUAGGGAAGGUGUUCAGGUUUUUCUGGGCUGCUGUGGAAGGGCUAAAAAAAAUACAAAAAGAGAGAAUCAUGACGUAUAAAUUAAUUUAUGUAAAUGUAAAAUUGUUUGUUCCACUAAAUUAUUUCAUUGACUUAAA